CUCAUCACCCACCACCGCCGAUCCAAUCCACUCCACCGAGCGAGAAGGAGAGGAAGAUGUCGGGCCGCGGCAAGGGAGGCAAGGGGCUGGGCAAGGGCGGCGCCAAGCGCCACCGGAAGGUGCUCCGCGACAACAUCCAGGGCAUCACCAAGCCGGCGAUCCGGCGCCUGGCGCGUCGCGGCGGCGUGAAGCGCAUCUCGGGGCUCAUCUACGAGGAGACCCGCGGCGUGCUCAAGAUCUUCCUCGAGAACGUCAUCCGCGACGCCGUCACCUACACCGAGCACGCCCGCCGCAAGACCGUCACCGCCAUGGACGUCGUCUACGCCCUCAAGCGCCAGGGACGCACCCUCUACGGCUUCGGAGGCUAGGCCUUCCCUGCCCCGCUCGCGACGUCCGCCGUCCGCUAGGGUAGUCGUGUCCAGUCUAGGGUUCGUCGUUCCUCGUGUAGUGUCUUGCUGGUGUUUGCUCGCGUCUUGUGAGCUGAUGUUGCUGUUGUUGGGAUGUACUGGGUCAAGUUUGGAAUGGAAAUUGCAGUACUAGUUUUCUCCCAGGAA